AUCGGAUAUUGUAAGCCGAAAACGACUGACCCACAGAAGAUAUGAGCGAUGAUUCAGAUGGAUUAUGGACUGGAGAGAUUGAGAAGAGCUUUCAAGAGGCGCUUGCAAUUUAUCCGCCGUGUGGACGGCAAAAAAUUAUGCUCUCAGCGAAGGACAAAAUGUACGGACGAAACGAGCUCAUAUCUCGUUACAUAUAUAUGAAAACGGGAAAAGUAAGGUCGAGAAAACAGGUCGCAAGCCACAUUCAGGUGUUAGCCCGCAAGAAGUUGCGUACGACCUCCGGUAAUAGGCAUUCUGGUGGAUUACUUGGCAGGUUUACCUCCGAGGCUGUUAGUCCUGUUACAUCAAGUUUCCUCCUCUCUCACACCGCUGCACGGAACCACGAGGACAGAAGUCAACGCUCAGUGCAAAAGACAAUGGCUGACAUAAUAUUUCAGCCUAAACAGUCCGGUCUUUGUGCCAGCGCUUACGGUCAGAAUGCUGUCAGCAGUAACGAGCAUUCUCUAGCAAACACAAAUGAAAUUUUCGGUCCUCCUGAACUUAUUCCGGACAGUUCUAGCGUGAAAGCUCCAAAUACCUUACUCAAGUCCUCCCCAGGGCCUUACUUUCAAAGCACGCGAGUGGUUGGAGGUGGCAAUGAGGCCGCGUUGAGUUCGGCCAAAAUGAAGUAUCAGGAUACAUUUACUUGGGAUGUGCCGGGCAUGCUGGAGGCGGGCGGGGACCAGGAGUACGUGUUAAACUUAGCCGAAGGCUGGCAGGCUGAGGAAAAGGACCACAGAUCAUUCGCCACCUCAAAAUCCCAGUGGCCAGGUGAAAUAACUACCCAAGGAGCCCAGAUAAGAUCAGGGAAAACGUAUUCUGCUAUUGAAUUGAUUGAUCCACGAAGCGAUGCCCAUACACUAGAGGAUUAUUUGCCGGUAGAUAGUGAUCAAACAUGUCCAUCCCUAGAGUUCCCAGACAUCCCGUAAGUCCCUUCCUAGGCCAACUCAAAAACCUUGAUAUUUACAGUGACUUACCUUGAAACAAACAUCGUCUCUCGCUUAACUAUUAACCUACGGUAGUUUCAGUACUGAAAUAACACUUGAAAACUGUAAAUAAUAGAGUUAAUUUAGUUGUCCUUUUAGAGAGAUUUGGUUAUAGUAGGUAAGAUUGGGUUAUGAUAGAUUAAGAUUUGGGUUAUGUU